AUGCCCGAUAACAACCCUCAUCACCCUGGGGUGCGCAGCUUGUUAGCCAAAUUCGAAGGCCAGAGCCCUAUUGCCUCCCCGCCUUCUCGGGGCCGAUCUCCCGCUGCGUCAGAUUCGUCCGGAACAACUCGACAACUGUCCAAGGUUCGAGCAAGCUUUGUCACUGUGGACGGUGUCAUUCAAUCAAAUCCUGCUUCGCCGUUGAGGAAAACAAGCGGACGCAGCGACAGUCCGGGGAUAUUUGGACCGAAGAUCAAUUCGGGCGAUGUGGAUUCGGGCCGACAGAGUACGGUUUCUCCUACCCCUGUCAGUCGCCUAGACCACAUGCAGAACGCGACUAUGGCACAGAUAAUGGCGGAGGGUCGGCCGAACACCGAGACCAAGGCGGAACCGAAUUACAGCAGCGCCAAACCCACAACUCGCGCUGAGACCACAUCUCAGCUGCGAGGCACCUCACCAAAGCAACCCGAGGAUCCCUCCAAGGAAUCUAAGUCUGCAAACUCCAUCAAUGCCUCACACCAGCCAGAUUCACCAGGAACGGUUAAGAAGAAGCCUUCGUCUGUUGGCUCUAGCCGCAAUGCAGCAAGCAAGCAUGUGCCAGCUACUGCUGCUUCUGCUGCUGCGAAACCUAACGCCAGCACUAAAAGUUUGAAACCCACGGCUCGCGAAGUGGCCAAAGAGCGUGCCAACUCUCUAACCCACAAACCGAGCCGUGUCUCGCUAGCUGCCAAGACAACGGCACGGCCAACACGCGGCUCAACACCUGCACAAGACACUUCGAAGCCCUCCGUCGCUGGUGCGACUAACAAGGCAGGAACCAAAUCUCCACCCAAAUCUACUCGUGGUGCACCCACCCAGGCAUCUGCUGCUAGGCUGGGAAGCACAGGUGCUUCGAGCACACGCACUACUAGCAACACAUCAACCCUUACUAGGAAACCUUCCACCCUCAAGAGCGCAACUGGUGGUCAACAGCGGGCAACUACUCCCACUGCUAGUGUUCGCAGACAAUCCUCUCGCCCUUCGCUGCCCGCUCAGACAACCAAUGAUUCAACCACUAAGCCAGUCAAUGAGAGCUUCCUUGCGAGAAUGAUGCGGCCGACUGCCAGCUCUGCCAACAAAUUCCAGUCCCAGGAGAAGGCCGAUACAAAGCCCGUCAGCAAAGCGGUCUCUGCGUCCAAGGCUCCUCGACCAUCAAUCGGGAAAGUACCCGAGCGCACAGCCUCCCAGGUGAAGCCUAAGAGCAACACCCUCCGGCCUCAGAACCAAAAAUUCCAAGCUCUGCGCAAGGAACACGCGCCACAAAAAGAUGGACCUAAGGCUCCCGAGAAGAGACAAGAGAGCGAGAAGGAGAAUAUUGUGGAGGUGGAGGGAACCCCAGCCAGUCCAGAGGAGCCUGCUACGGUGAAAUCUAACCCAAUUGGCGCCGUGGAACAGCCCGAGGCUCCUUCCAAGCCGGUGGAAGAGGUCAUUGCCCCUGCUCAGGUAGAGGAGCCUGCUUCGGAAGUUGCCGUCGACUCUAUUGAGCCGGAGGAGAAGUCGAUUGAGGUUCCUCCGCCGAUCGUCGAGGAGACUGUGGCUGAAAUCUCACCUGAGCCAGUCUCGGUCGAAGACGCCACGGAGACGUCGCUGACUGAGCAGAGUGAUGUUAAUGAAACCCCGGUUUCAGUCAAGGCUGACGCGGAUUCUUCCGUUGAGGCGUCCGCUGAGCCCGUCGCUGAGCCCGUCGAGGAAGAGAAGGCUGCUGAAUCUACCACCACAACCGAAGAUGCUGCCGCGGAGCCUGUGGCAACCUCGAACCAGACAGCAGUCGAUGAAGUGGAUAUUGCUGUUAAGGACGAUAUCUCGGCCCCUGAACCGCAGGUGCUCGAGAACCCGGAGGGGACUGAGGCCCAGCCUGAGGCUGCCGAAAAAGACGACGAUGUCCCCCUGAAAGAGGUUGUCGUUCCUGAUAUGACAGAGAUCGCAGAGGAAAAGCCCUCGGUUGUCAAGUCCACUGAGCCGGCUGCCACUGAUGCGAACUCCUCAGCUGAGGCGGAGUCAAGCAACGUUGCUAUCGACAUCGCCAAUCUGGCACUGAACUAA